AUGUCCAGUUCUGCCGGCUUCGACAGACACAUCACCAUCUUUUCGCCUGAGGGCAGAUUGUACCAGGUGGAAUACGCCUUCAAGGCCAUCAAUUCUGCCUCCAUCACAUCCAUUGGUGUGACCGGUAAGGAUUCCGCCGUAUUGAUUUCGCAGAAAAAAAUCCCCGACAAGUUGUUGGACCCUGCCACCGUUUCUUAUUUGUUCCAAAUCACACCCUCCGUUGGAAUGUUGGCCACAGGAUCAAUUGCCGACGCCAGAUCAUUGGCUUUGAGGGCCAGAGCAGAAGCAGCAGAGUUUAGAUACAAAUAUGGAUACGAGAUGCCUGUCCAGGGUCUCGCCAAGCGCAUGGCCAACAUCUCGCAGAUAUAUACUCAGAGAGCAUACAUGAGACCCCUUGGAGUGGCGCUUACGUUCUGCCAGGUGGAUUUCGAGGAUGAGAACAGAGGACCGCAGAUUUUCAAGUGUGAUCCAGCAGGCUAUUACACGGGAGUGAAGGCUGUGUCGACGGGCCCCAAGCAGCAAGAAGCCACCACUUACUUGGAGAAGAAGUUUAAGAAAAUGGACCAUGUAGACGGUGACUGGAAGGAGACGGUGGAGUUUGCCAUCACUUCGUUGAGUUCUGUGUUGGGUACCGAUUUCAGAAAGAAUGACAUUGAGAUUGGUGUGGCAACGCAGGGCGAGUUCCGCAUCUUGACUGCUGACGAGAUCGAUGAGAGGUUGGUGGCCAUUGCAGAAAUGGAUUAG